CUUCAUACAGUGAUGACUUCUCGCUCAAGCUCAAAAAUCGCUAAAAUGAUUUCGCAAAUUUUGAUGUUCAUACUACUUAGUAACAUUUUAGUGUCUGGUUGUCUGAUAACGAAUUGUCCUCGAGGUGGUAAAAGGUCUGGAAAGUAUGGACUUUCAACUUCAAAUAACAUUAAGCAGUGCAUACCUUGUGGUCCUGGCGGUGCAGGGCAGUGUUUCGGCCCUUCAAUUUGUUGCGGUCCCUUCGGAUGUCUUCUCGGUACCCCAGAAACAAUUCGGUGUCAAAGAGAAGGAAUGUUCCACGAAUCAGAGCCCUGCAUAGCUGGAAAUUCAAAUUGCAGGAAAAACACUGGAAGAUGUGCUAUGGACGGGAUCUGUUGCAGUCAAGAUGCGUGUUCUAUGGACAAGCAAUGCCUGAUGGAAGAGAAAAAAUUCAUAGGGGACAGUCUGUCCACCAUGGAUCUAUUAAAUAUCCUGGGCUAUCAAAAUGAUGGUAUGGGAAUAGGACUUGAAAAUUAAACAAAAAUCAACAAAUGCCCUUUGAAGAAAUCUUAAAAUUUAAUUGUUGCUAAAAU